UCUAUGUGCGUAUCUAAUGCUAAAACACUUGCUCCGCACGGCAAAGGCCAAAUACCCGGUUCCGGUUUCCCCGCAGUGGCUCGGAACUCGGACAAAACUCUACAAGAUUCAGUCUUGAAAGGCAUGUUAUAGUCGCUUAAUAGAAAGGUUGCUGCGAUGGCGAGCACAGCAGAAGCUCGCCAUUUUGGCGCCGGGAACAAGGGUGGCAAAAAGCGGGCCGUAUCCUCAAAAUAUGAUGUUCAUAAGGUCAAAGUGUGGCUUGGCGACAACAACGACCACUACUACAUCCUGUCGCGGUUCCUCAUCAGCCGGAGCCUGACCAUUACCAAAAUACCCAGCACGAAGGCCGUCAAGAUUGCACUGGAGCUGAAAAAGUAUCUGGUGGACCGGGACAAAACCAGUGUCAGCCAGGCCGAACUGGAAGAAAUCCUGUUUGGUCUCAUGCGCGCCAAGGGCUUUGGCCAGGCCUACAUCGACUGCUACCGCACCGUGUCGGCCUUCUAUACCAUGCGGCAACCGCUGGUCAUCAUCCUGUGCGGCGCCCCGUGCACAGGCAAGUCCACUAUGGCUCAGCAGCUGGCGGCGCGACUCAACAUGCCCAACGUCAUGCAGACAGAUGUCAUCUGCGAGCUGUUGCGCAGGGCGACUUCUGGCGCCCUGCCGCCGCAGCCGCCCUGGUUGCGCACGCUGUCGCCCGAGCAGCUGCAGCAGUUGCUGCUGGGUAGCGGCGAAGUGGACAUGGCGCACGCCAGCGACGGCGGCUCGGUGCUGGCCUCGGCGCCUGGGUCGGGCGUGGUGCUGACGCCGUCUGGAUCGCAGGCGCGGGCGGUGGCUGGAGGUGGAUCAGCAGGAGCAGAAGCAGGGGCGGGUGCAGGAGCGGGUGCAGCGACGGGUGCAGGGGCGGGUGCAGGGGCAGGCGUGGGAGCCCCGGAGCUGGAGUGGCGGCGGGCGACGCGCGGCAGCUUGUCAGGGCCACUUGGGUCGGAGGGCACGGAGGCGACCAGCUGCGGCCCGUACGGCGGCGACGGCUGCACGGCUGCAAACGGCGCGGUGGACGCGUGGCUCCUGUCUCAGUUCCGGGAGGAGUGCCGUGUGGUGCGGCGCGCGCUGGAGGGUGACUUCAACAAGGCGCUGAGCGACGGUAAGCCGCUGAUUGUGGAGGGUGUGCACCUGGACCCAGAGCAACUUCUGGGGGAGCUGCAGGAGCGCGGCAUUGUGCUGCUGCCGUUCGAGCCCCAGCCCACGACGCCUUCGGGCCUGGCCACACCUGGCGGUGCGGCGGCAGGAGCCCAUUCACCGCCGCCCUUCACUACAGGGCGCACCGGCGCCCCCCUCUCUCGGGCAUGGCCGCGCGAGUCUCGCGACGCGCAGCCGUCAGGGCAGCAGGAGCUUGUGCCGGAGCAGGAGCAGGAGCAGGAACAGGAGCCGGGGCCAACUUCACAAGGAGGAGUACCGGCGUCGACGCCAUUACAGCAGACAGCCAGCGGCGGUGUCAUCACGGCUAGCAGCCCUGGUGCAGUGCGAGGCGCCGGUGUUUGGGCGUCGCCGCAGGCAGCAUUGCAUCUGUCACGGGUGUCUCGCUGCGGCUCCAAUGUGUCCGUGGGGUCAGCGGCCUCCGGCGCUUCAGCUGGCGGCUUGCACACGAACCCCACAUCACGCGUCGGCGGCGCUGGCAUCCGGGCUUACCAGAAGCACGUGUCAUGGGGCCGCCUGCACGCACACGGCGUCGGGGAGGUGCAGGACGAGGGGCAAGAGCUAGAGCAGAAGCAGGAGGCGGCCCCGUCUGCUGCCGCAGGCCUGAGGCCGGCCUCGGGCUCAUCAGGGGACCUGGUCGGCGGCAGCAGUUCAAUAGCUGAGCAGGGACCUUUCUUCGACGCGCUGCCACGGGGAGUUGACGGGGCGUCUCUUGUGGCUUUUCCAGGUAGCCAACAGCUGGGGGUGGAGGCAGUCGCGGAGCCGUCGCCUGCCGGCACUAGCAGCCUGCUCGCAGAGGGCGACUGCGUAGAUGGCAGCAGCGGCAAGCUGUUUGCGCCCCACGGCCAGCAAGCAAGUCCAGAGCGGCACGGCAUGCACGGCGGCGUGGCCGCUGGCCUGGUUGCCAUGGGGCGGGCUGCAGCUUCCUCGCACGGCGGCAGCAGCACCCGGACUUCCCUCGCGGGCGGCCAUGGAGGCGAUGGCGAUGAGGCCCGUGAUGACGAGUCCGAUGUUAACAACUACGGUGAUGCAGACACGGAGGGAGGCAGCGGCUCGGUUUCGCCAGUGCGGGGCGUGCCUGGGUUGGGGCUGCCGCACGCGCUGGCGAGCAUGGCCGAGGGCAACGUGGGCGUGGGGGCCGGCAGCGCUGUGGCUGCCAGGAUGCGGCGGGUGGUGUCGCACCCCGUCAUGCCGCAGUUGCUGGGGAGUGGAGAGCGAGCAAGCAGCGGCCGCGAGGGCGAGGGCGGAGCGGAAGGUGAUGACCGCGAGGGCGUCGUGGAUGCGGUGGAUGCGUCGGAGCCGAGUGCCGGCGGGCGAAGGCCAGGCGGCAAGUCCACCAUUGCGUCCGUUGCAUUCGACGGUGUCAAGGGCAGCACCGGGGCUGCAGCCGCCACCGCAACGGACGGCAUGCCUGGUGGUGGCGGGGCAGGCCCCAGCGGGCGGCCGUUCCUGGAUAGGGCGCGCAGCCACCACGGCUUCGGCGGGGCCGGUGGGAACGGAGCGGGCGGCAGCGGCAACGCCAGCGCACGGCUUACAGGGGGCAGUGCUGGCGGAGUUGGGGGCGGGACGCAAGCCUGUGGUGGCAUAUUUCGGUGUGGCAGCCUGGCGGGGCGGUUGUCGGCUCUGGACCUGUCUGUCGUCAAGAACAGCCUGGCGGGCAUCCUGCGAGUGGGCAGUGCAGUGUACGGCAGGCGACACACGCCCUCGCCGGGCAUGCCGCGCCGCAGGACCGCUCUGGCAGGCGACUCGGCAGUAGGCGACAGGCUGGGCAGCAGUGGCGAUGGCGCCUCAACCCCAGGCGGUGACGAUGGCGGCGGCCACUCCGCCAGCCCCACACACAUGCGUGCAACCAGCCCACGCCUCACGUCGUUCUCACCGGAGCGCGGCGUAGGACCCGGCAGCGCCCGCGCAGCCACUGGCGGUGGCGGUGGCGGCGGCAAUGGCGGCGUACGGGUAGGUGUCGGUGGGGUCCGUCGAAGCUCCCCCGGCAUGAUAUCCGUAGGCGACAUGACGGCGGCCGAAGGGCUGGCUGAUGCCGUGACGCCAGCGGCGGCUGGGUUGACCCCGGGCAUGCCCCCAGCGGCUCGGUCUGAUGGUGUGGACAGCCUGGUGCAGCUGCCAAGUCCCGGCGAGAGCGGAUACAGGCUUGAGGGGCAGGCGGAGGACGCGCGCGUGCCGAGUGUCGCUGCUGCCGUUGGCACGUCUUCCAGCAUGGAGCGCGGCGCAGUAGCAGCCCCGGGCACAACACCGGGAGAUGAGGUUGUAGAAAAGUACGCGGCAGGGGAGGAGGCAGAAGAGGCGUCGAGGCGGACGACUGUCGAUGCGGCUGAGGGAGGGUCGGAGGCACCGCAUCCAGCAACGCCGCUGCCAGCGCCCCGAUCUGCUGCGGAGGCGACCUCAGGCGCUCCUGUGGCGCUGCCACCGCUGUUUGUGCCAGUCGUCCUGUGCAUGUCCGAGGCCGACCACCGCCUCGCCCUCGAGGACAACCUAGCGGUGCACGUGAAGGACGCGGCGGGUGGCCUAGCGGCGGCCGCAGCACGCGCCGCAGCAGCCGUCGCCGCAGUCGGCACAGGCGCAGCCGCAGGUGGCGGUGAUGCCGCACCAAAGCCGGCUGGGACGGCUGGCGGCGGCAGCGGUGCGGGACUGCUGGGUGGGGACGCGGAGGCGCCGAACGCGGAGGAGGUGCUGCGGAGGGCGCAGGCUAUCCAGUCGUACCUGUGCGGCUAUGAAGCGCAGGGCCUACCGGUCAUCAACGUGCGCUACGGCAACUUUGGAGAGGCACUGGACAUCCUGCAUGAGUAUGUGCUCAUGUGUAUUCAGGCCGCCAUGGAGCAGCUGAACGGUGGCGAGGGAGACCCAGAUGCUGCGGGCGUGGCGGCGGGCGCAGCAAUCAUAUAGCUGACCCGCAUUGAGGGCCUGGCGGCGCACAGGAGGGUAGCCGCGUGCGCUAGAUGUUUGCGUGUGCUAGAGAGCAAAGGGCAAGUAUGUGAAGGUGUGUUAUCGAGCGCAAGGGAAUGAAACACGCAGUGUGCAUGUGCGCGAGUGUAUGUGUGUGUGUGUGUGUGCGUUAAAAAAACGAAACGAAAGCCCGCCCAGACGACGCGUAUAUGUGUGUGUGUGUGUGUGUGUGUGUGUGUGUGUGUGUGUGUGUGUGUGUGUGUGUGUGUGUGUGUGUGUGUGUGUGUGUGUGUGUGUGUGUGUGUGUGUGUGUGUGUGUGUGUGUGUGUGUGUGUGUGUGUAUGUGUGUGUGUCUUGCUUUUCUUGGUGCCUGAUGAGGCCUGACCAUGUCGGAUAACGAGCGUCCAUGGGACUGUGGGAUCUCCGGAUAACUGUUGGUAGUUAUCUCGUGCUGAAAGAAGCGUAGACGCAUUCCUCAACGCUUAGCGAGGCUUUUGGCAGGAUGGCGUAGGCAUGACAGCAUUUACUGUGUACAGUAGACAGGGUAGCAAAAGGAGGCAGCUGCUGACGUACCAACCGUCCGCACCACCAUUUAUAGAGGCUA